AUGCCUCGAGUUGUACCUGAUCAAAAAUUUAAAUUUGAAAGUGACGAACUUUUUCGCAAGCUUAGCCGCGAUUCAGAGAUUAAAUACGCUGGUUUCCCUGAUCGUUCCCAUGAAGAAAGAGUCAUGCGAUUUCAAUCGGAUUGCCGAGAAGGUUAUUCGAUUGUGACGUUUGUUUCUACAGGUACCAAUUUGGAACUGCAUUGUAAAUCAGCUUAUAAAGAUACAGAAGAUAAAAUGGACAGAGAUUACAACGUUGACAUCGAUAAUAAUGCUGGAAAGAUAUAUUUAACAAGCUCAUUUAUUAUGAAUGGUGUGUGCGUAAAGUGGAAGGGAUGGUUAGACGUUCAACGCUUGGAGGGUUUAGGAUGUUUAGAAUUUAACGAAGAAAUGGCCAAGGUGGAAGAUCGGCUGUUGCGUGAGAGUUUACAAUUAUCAAAUGAUCAUAUAUCGACUUUUUGA